AUGAACACCGACGCCGACGCCGCGGCGUUCGUCGCACCGAGCGAAACGUUGGGGCGUUUUCUCGAUCGGGCGCUGGUCGAACCCACGUGCACGGGUUUAGCGUUCGUGGACGGAGAGGGAGAGGGUCGGAAUCAGCAUCAGCAUCAGCAUCAGAAACAUAAUCACAAUCACAGUCGACGAAGAACGGUCGGUGCGCUCGUCCCGGGGGAGAUCUUAGAGAUCGUGGGUCCACCGGGGAGCGGGAAGACAUCAAUUUUGACGGAGAUCGCGUCGAGGGCGACGCUGACGCGAGGACGGAGCGAUGGGAUCGAUUUGGGGGGGAGCUCGGCGACGUGCGUCUUCGUCGACUGCGACGGCAAGUUUGAUCAGUUGAGAUUUUUGCGAACGACGGACGAGAAGAUCGCGGAUGGGGUGGCGCGAGCGGGGAAUCGAGCGCGUCAGGGAGCCAGGGAGGAGAUUUACGAGGAAUCCAUGUCGAGGUUUACCGUGGUACGGGCGCACGCGAUGCUGGACGUACUCAAGGCGCUCGCGGCGCUCGACGCCGCGUGGGGGGGAGAGGUGGACGCCGGAGGGGCGUUCGGCGAACGCUCGGGCGAGGGGUUUAACAUUGAUGGGAGCGAGAGCACGGGCGGUGGGAGCGAGAGCGCUCGGGGCGAUCGACGGUCGAGGCAGCGGGUGGUGCUGAUUGAUAACAUUGCGGCGUUUUAUUGGUUGGAUCGAGCGUCUCGCAAGGAUCACGGGGCACCUUAUAACAUUCAGCGCGUCUUCUCGGCCGCUGCAAGACUGCUCAAGCGGCUAGCCACUGCGCACCGAGCGGCUAUAGUUGUGACGAAGGCGACGUUGAGCACGAAUGAAGGUUUGCGGGGAGGGGAGUAUCGCGAUUUCCUCCCCGUGGAGUGGUCGAACGCGGUGACGCAAAGAAUCUUACUCUCCCCAUCCAAGGAGCGCGUCGAGUACGGCGAAUACGCCGGGGUUGCGACCUGGGACACUCCAGUACAACGACGAGGAGGGAAGUUCGUGGUCACCGAGCAAGGCAUUAGAUGUUGA